AUGAACGACUCAGUUAGGUUUAGUGACAAUGGAUUCCAAGACAUCAACACACCAUCUUUUUCAGAGAAGUUGAAUUUUGCAUCAUCUGGAAUCACAACAUUUGAAAUUAGUGAUCCAAACAGUCAGAAAAGGACUUCCAGAUGCUGUAUUUGGUCUAUACUCAUAAUAUACUUGGUUAUGCUCACGGGAGGCAUGGGACUGUUGGCCUACGAAGUUUAUAGGAUUCACAACAUUAUAUAUAACAUGACAGAAGGCAUUCCUUCAAAAGCGAAACUAGUGAGUCAUCCUGCCAAUGCCACCAUGGGGAAUGAGAUCUUUUUUGGAACCGAUAUUGAGAGAGGGCAAGAAAAUUGGAUCCACAGUUUAAAAGAAGAAAUCCAUGUAAUCAAGCUGAGCAACCAACAUCUACAAUGGGAAAUGGCCAAUGUUACAGACCAAAUGAAAAGCAGUAUGUUUCAAGGAAUUCAAGGACCUCCUGGUGCCCAAGGAGAAAGAGGAAUUCCAGGAAGAAAAGGUGACCAAGGAGAUAAAGGUGAAAAAGGAGACAUUGGUUUAACAGGAAUCAAAGGACCGCCAGGGACAAAUGGGAUAGGAUUUCCUGGACCAAAAGGAGAACCUGGAGUUCCAGGUAUAAGGGGAUAUCCUGGUCCCCCAGGAGAGAAAGGUGAAACAGGAGCCAUGGGACUAAAAGGGACAAAAGGAGAACAAGGUGUUCCAGGUUUAUCUGGACUAAAUGGCGAAAAGGGAUCAAAAGGGAAUCUUGGGCCUGCUGGACCACAAGGUGAACCAGGAAUGACAGGACAAAAGGGAGAGAUGGGAUCUCACGGCUUACCAGGACUAAAAGGAGAAGCUGGUGAAAGAGGAGGCAUGGGCCCAACAGGACUAACUGGUGCUUCGGGAAAGAAGGGAGAGAAGGGAGAACAAGGCCAGCUAGGUCCGCAGGGCCCCAAAGGUCUUCCUGGACCAAAAGGAGAUAAAGGUGUUGCUGGAAACUUGGGUCCAGCAGGACUUCAUGGUCCAAAGGGCGAAAAAGGGGAGACAGGAGCAGCAAGUAGACUUCCAGGCCAACCAGGACAAAAAGGUGAUCAAGGGCAAAAGGGUAGCAAGGGAAAUACAGGACCACCAGGAAUACAAGGUCCUAAAGGUGAAAGGGGCAGCUCAGGAGCAAGUGCUUUCCUAAGACUCAUUGGGCAAGACAAGCGUGGCCGUGUGGAAAUUCUGUACAAUGGGGUGUGGGGCACCAUCUGUGAUGAUCACUGGAACCUGGAUGCUGGCACAGUGGUUUGCCGAAUGAUGGGAUUCAGUAGGGCCAUUGAGACUUUCACUGCAGUUCCAGGAUCUGGACAAAUCUGGCUGGAUGAUGUGACAUGUACAGGAACUGAAAGCUCCAUUUAUUCAUGCAAUAAACGUGAAUGGGGUGAAAAUAACUGCAGUCACAGUGAAGAUGCUGGGGUAGAGUGUGCUUAAGGCAGUUUUGCAGUGAAACCUAUAAAAUAAUAUUGAAAUAAGUGUCUCAGCCUUGUCAUGCAAUGAAUAUCUAACUGAUCUAAUGUAAUGUUUACUGUUUUCUGUUGUAUCAGUGUGUUUUUAGGCUGUUCAUUGAUCAAGUUUAUUUUUAAAGAUGUAUUUGGUGUAUCUGGGCUGAGGAAUUUUUUAUGUAAGAAUCCCAUAAAUUGCAUCCUUAUUUAUCUGAAUGGAAGAUCCAUUCACUCAGUUAGACUUCCUAAUAAGAAGCACACAUGGGCAAUACAUGCCACAAAAAGUUAAAAUCUGUCAAGCUAGAUUUCAUCAUUCA